GCAUUACUCAAAUAUUAUAUAUACACUCGUGUCCUUAUACGUCUUUUUACACUCAAGCAACUGUUUUAUAACAGUUAAUUUUACCAAACAUUUAUUAACAACAAACUAACAUAAUAAACCAAUCAAAAUAGCUAACAUAACCAGCUGUGAUCAAACAGUUGACAUAACUGGCUAACAGUUAAGAAGCACAUUGCCAAACAUGGCUAUAAUUAUCGAUUAGGGCCUUAAGUGGUCAGCGAUUACGUACACCAUACGUGUAUGCGGAUUCAAUGACCACCCACUCAUCUGAUCAUCACCAACUCCACAGCUAAAUAUAUACGUUCUCGGUAUGAAUAUAUGCCCGCACACCCAACCCAUAAAAGGAAUAAGAACAGGAGUAGCAAUAUCCAUCAUGACCCAGAAAGCCGAGCUGGUAAUCGUCCCUGCCCCCUUGGUAGGUCAUAUAGUCUCCAUUGUUGAACUGGCUAAGCUUCUUCUUGACAGAGACCACCGCCUCUCCAUCACAGUGCUAAUCAUACGCCACCCACUCGACCCUAUCGCCAAUACUGUCGUCCAGGCCGUUCUCUCCGCCGACUCCCGAAUCCGGCUCCUACAUCUGCCGGAGAUAGAGCCGCCGCCGGCAGAGCUGCUCAAGUGCCCUGAAAACUUCAUCACUACCUACAUAAAAAGCCUUAUGCCCCAUGUCAAGCACUCGAUCAUCAACAACGUGCUGUCGUCGAAUCCCGUCGACACCGCGCUUGCCGGAAUAGUGUUUGAUUUGUUCUGCAGCUCGGUGGUUGACGUGGCUAAUGAACUCGGAGUUCCUUCUUACCUGUUUUACACUUCCGGCGCCGCGUUUCUCGGCUUGAAUCUUUACUUUCCGGUUAUGAAAAAGGAGUGUACCCUGUCCGAUCCGGACUCGGUCGUAUCGACGUUUUCCUGCCCUGUUCCGGCCCGGGUUCUGCCCACCUUCGCAUUCGUCGAAGAAGGCUUCAAAUCAUUCGCAUAUAGUGGGAGGAAGUUCAGAGAAGCAAAGGGAAUGAUCAUAAACACGUUUGAGGAAUUAGAGCCAUAUGCUAUUCAAGCUCUGGCGUCAGACCCGGAUCUGCCUCCGGUUUACGCCGUCGGGCCAAUGUUAUCUCCACAGGACCACCACAACGGGAAGGAAGAAAUCCUCGAUUGGCUAUCUCAGCAGCCGCCGUCUUCGGUGGUGUUCCUCUGCUUCGGAAGCCAGGGAGGGUUCGAGGCGCCACAGAUCCAUCAAAUCGCGGAGGCGCUAGAGAGGAGCGGGCACAGGUUCCUCUGGUCGAUUCGGCGGCCGCAAUCCUUAAACAAGGCGGAGGUGGCCGGCGAGCUGUCCGAUUUGGACGGGAUUUUGCCGGAGGGGUUCGCGGAGAGGACGAGAGAGAGGGGGAUGGUGUGCGGGUGGGCCCCGCAGAUCGAAGUUCUGGCGCACAGAGCCACGGCGGCGUUUGUGUCACACUGCGGCUGGAACUCCAUACUAGAGAGCGUGAGGCACGGCGUUCCGAUCGUGACGUGGCCGAUGUACGCGGAGCAGCAGACGAACGCGUUCCUGCUGGUGAAGGAGUUGGGGGUGGGGGUGGAGCUGACGGUGGACUACCGGAGGACGCAGGCUGCGGAGAGGGUGAUCAUGGCAGAUGACAUAGAGAGAGCAAUAAGGGGUGUGAUGGAUGCAGAGAAUCCGGUGAGGAAAAGGGCCAACGAGAUUGGAGAGAUUGGCCGGCACGCGUUGCUGGAUGGUGGGUCCUCAUUCUUCGCCCUUCAACGUCUCAUUAACGAUAUUUUUAGGAAUUGAUUGAUAAUGAGUCAAGAUUGAUGAUGAAAUAAAGGAGGUUUCUAUGUUACUCAUACACGCCUAUUUAGGCCAAUUAAAUUGUGGUAUGUUGCCAAACUUUCAGUGUAAUAGUUUAUGGGUGUCGAUUUUAAUGAAUUUUAGAAUUCGAGAUAUCUUCAAUAUAGAUUUCCAUAGAAUCUAUUAAAAUUCAGGUGUUCUCAAACAUUUUGAUUGAUUUUGAUGGAAUUAUAGGUUAAAAAUACGUUGAAACCAUUCCAGCACCAUUCUGUGCCUCUCCCCUUGGGUUUUGAUGGAUUUCAAUUUUCAAGAUCCGUAGCUCUAAAUCCAAACUUCUUCUUCCUCCUCACUUGAGAUCCGCCUUCUUCGUCCUCGACAACUAGCAGGCAAGUACUUUCCCCACCGGCUGAAUGUUGGAGGUCCGGUUUCGGGCUUUGGGUGCUCUAACUCGAUCACCAUCGCAACUGCAUAGUUCGCCGGUUAGUUUUCCAGCCAAAUCGGCUCAUCAUAAAGAUGUCGAAAAGAGAAUCAUCGAGCAACCAUAAAGACGUGAAGUAGCAGGUGGUGUAUGAGAAGGUGAUGUCUGGAAGCUUUGUGCGCACAUCCAUUGCAAAAAGGAGAAAAGAGAGCAACCAUCUGCCUUCAUGGAAUCUGAUAGAAUCCCAUAAAAUCUGGUGGAGUCUUUGUAAUUCUUUUACAAUCCAUGGAAUUUAAUAUCCUAAAAAAUCCUUCAAAAUCUAGGUUAGGGACACCCCCUUUAGUUUGUAAAAUAUUUGUAAUUUGUUUAGAUUAGGUUUAUUUUGAGCUCAAACAAGUCCAUAAUUACUCAAGGGACCAUCGGUGAACCUCAAAAGUGGAAGGAAGGUGCAAGAUUACAAGACAAAAUGAAGGAUUCUGAUUUUUUACUUGUACCCGGUCGGGUACCUUGCUGAAAAAUCAAAUCCGGGAACAACUGAACAAGACAACGUGCAGGAGGAUUUUUUACCACGUUCGAGUGUAAUACCUGAUCGGGUAACCGAUGUACCCGGUUGGGUAUGUGCCACUUUUCCAGCUUCCAGGAAGCUACUAAAGGUACCUGAUCAGGUGCCAUAUAUACCCGAUCCGGUAUACAUCCCAGCAUGCCCUAAACACCUAUAAAUACACCACAUUUCUUUCCCAUUAAAUUGACCAAUUCACAUAUACUUCUAAACUCAGUUUAGACAAGUAUUUCCUUUAUAUAUUGUAGUAUGUUUAGUGACGAGCACUUUGUCACGGUGCGUCAAAAUAAUAUUCGAUACUAGCACUUAUCUCUACAAUCUUAUAAAGGGGAAUUUUGUCAGGGGCUUAACGGGCAUAAGAAAAAUGUUGGUUGUUCUUUGUGCAUAAUCAGCUUGUACUCUAUAUUUAAUUUGUUGUGCGUUGUAACCUAUCGCAGCUUCUACUAUUGCUAACGGGUGGACGGAAGGGCUUAACACCUUUAUCCCCCGUCUAGGUAUAAAUCAAGUCGGUGUAAUUUUUGCCCUGCUGAAAACUCUCGAUCUUACUCC